GAAUGUGCUUUUUUCCAUCUUGUUAACUUCAUCAUCCCGAGCAGAACGCUGGAAUGAAUCAUGAUCAGCGACACCCGUCAACCCUUUGCAGCCUAGUCGGAUGCUGCACCGUUCGAUACACCACCAAGACCAGAAGCGACUUCUUCAUCGUCCCUUUCCGCACGCCCUCGCGGUCUCCUUGUUCUCUUCAACACCGUCGUCCACUCCUGCCGUCACGACCGCGUCGUUGCAGCAAUGCGCUUCUCUGCACCGAGCCAAGCUCCUUCACCAGCAGACCCUCGUCCAGGGCCUAACCCACCUCGCGGCUCGCGUCAUCGGCUCGUACAUCGCCUGCGAUGCCCCGGCUCACGCUCUCUCCCUGCUGGAGCAGGUCGCGCCUUGCUCGUAUUCGGUUUACUGGUGGAACAUGCUCAUCCGGCGGAGCGUCCGCCUGGGUUUUCUCGACGACGUUCUUGGUCAUUUCCGGAGGAUGCGGAGGCUGGGCUGGAGGCCCGAUCACUACACGUUUCCCUUCGUUCUCAAGGCCUGCGGCGAGCUCCCGUCAUUCCGUCGAGGCGCUUCGGUCCAUGGGGUCGUCUGUGCUAAUGGGUUCCAGGGUAAUGUGUUUGUGUGCAAUGCGGUGGUGGCAAUGUACGGACGGUGCGGCGCGCUGGAUGAUGCGCGGAAGAUGUUCGAUGAAUUGUCCGAGAGAGAGAUUGGUGAUGUUGUCUCUUGGAAUUCGAUUAUGGCUGCUUAUUUUCAGGCGGGGGAUUGUAGGAAUACGCUCAAAUUGUUUGAUCGGAUGACCUGGGAUAGUGGCCACGUUCCCGAUGCGGUUAGCCUCGUGAAUAUCCUCCCUGCUUGUGCUUCGCUUGGUGCGCCGGUGCAAGGAAAGCAGGUACAUGCUUUUGCGCUCCGUAGAGGGUUGUCUGAGGAUGUUUAUGUGGGUAAUGCUGUGUUGGAUAUGUAUGCCAAGUGUCAGAUGUUGGACGAAGCGAGGAAGGUCUUUAAGCAAAUGGAGGUUAAGGAUCUUGUCUCCUGGAAUGCCCUGGUCACUGGAUACUCGCAGGUUGGUAGAUUUGAUGACGCUUUGAGUCUUUUUGAGAAGAUGGAGGAUGAUGAGAUUGAGUUGAAUGUGGUGACAUGGAGUGCUGUGAUUGCAGGGUAUGCCCAGAGGGGGCAUGGUUAUGAGGCUCUCGAUGUCUUCAGAAGGAUGUGCCUUAGUGGAUCAGAGCCCAACAUUGUUACUCUCGUUUCUCUUCUCUCAGGUUGUGCAUCUGCAGGAGCAUUGCUUCAAGGGAAGGAGACUCAUUGUUAUGCCAUCAAGUGUGUUCUGAAUAAGCUAGACAAUGAUCCGGGGGAUGAUUUGAUGGUUAUUAAUGCUUUGAUUGACAUGUAUGCCAAGUGCGGAUCUGCUGGAGCUGCCCGCACCAUGUUUGACUUGAUAGCACCAGAACACAGGAAUGUGGUAACGUGGACUGUGAUGAUUGGCGGAUACGCUCAGCAGGGGGAAGCAAAUGAUGCUUUGAAGUUGUUCUCUGAGAUGGUCAAUCAAACAAACUUCAUAAAGCCAAACGCUUUCACCAUAUCAUGUGGCUUAAUGGCCUGUGCUCGUUUGGCUGCCUUGAGGUUCGGUACACAAAUACACGCUUACAUAUUGCGAAAUCAAUACGAGUCUGUGAUGGUGCACGUGGAGAAUUGCCUAGUAGAUAUGUACUCCAAAUCUGGAGAUAUUGAUGCGGGUAGAGUCGUGUUUGACCACAUGCAGCACAGGAACACCAUUUCCUGGACAUCCCUGAUGACUGGUUACGGAAUGCAUGGACGUGGUGACGAAGCUCUCUGGGUUUUCAAUGAGAUGAGGAAAGCGGGCUUGGUGCCUGAUGCAGUCACUUUCGUAGUUGUCCUAUAUGCUUGUAGCCAUGCUGGUCUGGUAGAUCAGGGCAUUGAAUAUUUUGACACCAUGGACAGUGAUUAUGGUGUUGUCCCUGGAGUAGAACAUUAUGCUUGCAUGGUUGACCUUUUAGGACGUGCUGGUCGAUUGGGUGAAGCCAUGAAGGUCGUCAAAAGAAUGCCUAUGCAACCUACCCCCAUUGUAUGGGUUGCACUGCUCAGCGCUUCUAGGUUACAUGGAAAUGUUGAAUUUGGGGAAUAUGCUGCUAAUAAAUUGUUGGAGCUGGAGUCGGAGAAUGACGGGUCCUAUACAUUGCUUUCUAACAUAUACGCGAAUGCGAGGCGUUGGAAAGAUGUGGCUAGGGUCAGGUCUCUAAUGAAAUCUACUGGAAUCAGGAAGAGACCUGGUUGUAGCUGGGUACAAGGAAUGAAGGGUACUGCCACAUUCUACGUGGGAGACAGGACUCAUCCACAAUCGCAACAAAUUUAUGAAGUUCUCGCGGACUUGAUCUUACGAAUCAAAGCUCUUGGUUAUGUUCCACAGACGAGCUUUGCGCUCCAUGAUGUGGAUGAUGAGGAAAAAGGUGACUUGCUCUCUGAGCACAGCGAGAAGCUUGCUCUAGCUUAUGGCAUCCUAACAAUGGCUCCUGGUGCGCCGAUCCGGAUAACCAAGAAUUUACGCAUCUGCGGAGAUUGCCACAGUGCCAUGACAUACAUAUCUAUGAUAAUUGAGCACGAGAUCAUAUUGAGAGAUUCAAGUCGUUUCCAUCAUUUCAAGAAAGGGUCUUGCUCCUGCAAAGGCUACUGGUGACUUUGGUUGGUUAAUUAUUCUCUCUCUAGGUGGGUAGUCAAUUCUUCC